AAAUUAUUGUUAUAUUCAUAUAUUUAGAUUCCACUGAACUGCUACAACGUUUUCUAGGUAGCUUUGAUUACUUUAGUUUGAUAUUUAUUUAUGAUAAACGGAUAUAUUGAUUAACUACUAAAAAUACGUAAUUACUUUCUCAAAAGGCACUUUUACGCAUUAUGACGUUUAAAAUGAUAUACUUUGUAGGUUUGAUAUUGCUUGCAAAAAGUUUAUCAUGUUUUCCUAAUCGAACGCCGAAAGGAGAAUCUUCGUGCAAUUGGCCCUAUAUAACGGGAUGUUUGACUAAUUUUAAACCCAUUUUUGAUUUUAAACCUUAUUUUCCAGUUUUACGUCUAAACUUAAAUAAAGAUGAAGAUGAUAAACAAAUGAAUCGCAUGCCCUUUUCUUUUCCUGGAAUUACGGAGAAUGAACGCUCAGAUUUUGGCAAUAACGAAAAGCAGGAUUCGUUCCACCACGUAAGCGCUGACCAAUCAUCUAAAAAUAUAUCUGAAGAUAAAAUUAAUAAAGUAACGAUUACAAAUCCUAAAAGCAAAAAUAUUAUUAAUAAUGAUUUCAUUGUAUUUAACACGGAAACUAGUACUGAUAGUGAGAUAAAUACAGAAUAUACCACUUACUACGAAAACGAUAAUACAAUAACUACUACUGAAGAGCAAGAUGGAACUACUGAAGAAUUAUCGUUUAGGUUAUCGGAUCUUCCACCAGCAGUGAUAGCAUCAUUUCUGGGAUAAUUAUUUCGAAAUUUAAAUAAAUUUUAUGUUUCAACUGGUUCGCUUGAACAUUUUUCAUGGCAGAUUUCAGUAUCAAGAAAUAUUUCAAAGAAUGUCACCACAUCUCGUAGAUCAUACAUAGCGUGAGUGUUUAAGAUAUUUCCUUUAUCAUCAUAGUCCUUAUACAGUAAACUGGUUACUUUCUGUGUUCUUAAAACAUUGUCACCUUUCAAGAUCAAUACAGACCUCCGCUUGGAGUUCAUCAAUUUGUAUUUUGUUCCAUUAACUAUUGGUUUAAAUGUGCUAUUUCUAUAACAAAAAAAUAUAUUUAUUAAGAUAACUCUAUAUUAUAAACAAAAAGUUCUAAUAUAUUCUUACAUAAU